UACAUCGACAAACUUUCAAGGUCAAGUUAGGAGGCAAUUGUGAGAUUUAUUUUGUUGUGUUGCAUCACUUAAGAGUCGAAUGGAAUGGAAUAUAAUUCGGCAAGAAACUUAUGGACGUUUGAAUGUCCUCUUCAUUUGGCAUAUGCAGAGCGGAAGAGGAACCAAUCUGUUUUUCACGUUACGACUAUGACAGAAAAAUGAUGAAGGACAUGUUGAUAAUGGAAGAGAAGAUACAGAAGUUGGAACUCGCUCUGUAUAAACACAGCUCUGUUAUUCAGGAACAUCAGCGCACAAUCGAAAAAGGUAGUUCAUAUGUAUCGUACACCAGAUGGGGCAGAAACGACUGUCCGGAAACGUCACAACUGGUUUAUAGAGGAUACGCCGCUGGAAAACACUACACCCACAAAGGUAGCGGAAGCGAUACUGUUUGUUUGCCAGAAGACCCAACCUGGUCUAACUACACCGACAGUGUCGGUGAUGGAUACAAGGCUUACAUCUAUGGUACCGAGUUUGACGAUAGUUAUACCCAAAUAUUCCCCUACAAUGUUAAUCAACAGGACGUCCCGUGUGCCGUUUGUCUUGCACGGAAGCAUACAACACUGAUGAUACCCGGAAGGAACAAUUGUUAUAAUGGAUGGACAAAAGAGUACCAUGGGUAUCUCCUUACCGCCUAUUAUGAUCAUUCGGGACCCAUAAGCCACAUCUGUGUGGACUUUGAACCAGAUUUUCUGCCAAGGGGCGAGACAAAUGAUAAUGGACAUUUGCUGUAUUUGGUUGAGGCUAGAUGCGGCUCUCUGCCUUGUCCUCCAUAUGUUAACGGCCGGGAACUGGCAUGUGUUGUUUGCACGAUGUAACCUGCAGUCCAUUUAUUGAAUAAAUGAUCCUUGUCCAUUAUAGAUAAGCUAUAACGAAAUACGAAGCGCCCGGAUGUGGUACAUGAUGCACUCUCUAUAUCUAAGAUUAAUAGUUUGUUUGAGUAUAAGUAAUGCACAAACUCUAUAGUUGUUGUAUUUAAAAUUCAGUCCAGAACCUGGAACCAGAGAUCAUUCGUCAAUAUCUCAGAUAUUAAAUAUGUUCUGCUGGACUCAAACUUUGCUUUUGCCGGUCAUAUGCAACAUGGAUUGCAUGAAAAAUUAACGGUACCUAACUUCAAAGGGAGUGAAUAUAUUUUGGGGAAACGUCAUAUACCUGUUUAUUGUUUAGAUCAAUUUGCAUUGAACUGAAUUUUACUUAAAGUUAUGUUUGUCAUGUACAUGAAUCACUAGAAAUAGUAUUUUUCCCAUGCUGUCUGUUUACAUUGAAAUGUAUAGGGAGAUGAAUUAUUACCUUAAAACCUUUUGGGUGAUUAUUCUUAUUAUAUAAGAGGUAAUUAAAUAAACAUUUACGGUUCUUUUAAAUUUGAAUUUCUGAAGUUUCAGGGCUUAUGCAAUAUAAAUAAUCGUUAAUGGAUCUACAUUAUCUUCAUUAUUAAUCAACCAACAUUAUAACAUGUUAUCAAUGACUUUGUUUUUGUGUAAUAUUUAUACAGAUAAUAUUUUAAAAACUGUU